AUGACGUUCAGAUUACGCUCUCAGAGGAGGGCUGUUUCUGUGGAGGAGCAGCUGUCCUGCUGUUCUUUGUGUCAGGACGUCCUGAAGGAUCCAGUCUCUACCAGCUGUGGACACUGGUUCUGCAGACAGUGCAUCACCUCAUACUGGGACCAGUCUGCUUCAUCAGGACACUCCUCCUGUCCCCAGUGUGCAGAAAGAUCCAGAACCAGACCUGGACUGCAGACAGACAGUCAGACCAGCACUGUACAAACAGAAAGUGGUCUGCAGGAGGUUUUAGAUGAACAUCAGAUCAGUCUGAGCAGCACAUGUGAAUGUGUGACUCAAGGAACUGAUGAAGCAGGAAGUAAAAUUCCCCUCAUCAGCAUCUUCACUGAGGUCCACAUCACAGAGGGACAGAGUGAAGAGGUUAAUACCCAACAUGAGGUGAGGCAGCUUGAAACAGCUUCCAAGAUGAAGACCCUCCAUGACGCUCCAAUCAAGUGUCAGGACAUCUUUAAAGUCUUACCUGACCAGCAGAAACACAUCAGACUGGUUCUCAUGAACGGCAUCGCUGGCGUUGGAAAAACCUUCUCAGUGCUGAAGUUCACUCUGGACUGGGCACAGCGCUCCAACAACCAAGAUAUCAGUCUGCUGAUUCUGUUCUCGUUCAGGUCGCUGAACUUGAUCAAAGAUGAGCAGUACAGUCUGCUCAUGCUGAUCCAUGUUUUCUAUCCAACAUUACAGAGGCUCACAGCAGAGAAGCUCGCUGUCUGUAAAGUUCUGUUCAUCUUUGACGGCCUGGAUGAAAGCAGACUUUCACUGGAUUUCAACAACAUUGAGGUCGUGUCUGAUGUCACACAGAAGUCAUCAGUCAGCGUGCUGUUGACAAACCUCAUCGAGGGGAAGCUGCUUCCCUCGGCUCUCGUCUGGAUCACUUCUCGACCUGCAGCAGCCAAUCAGAUCCCUCCUUCAUGUGUGGACAGGGUAACAGAAGUACGAGGCUUCACUGACGCCCAGAAGGAGGAGUACUUCAGGAGGAGAUUCAGUGAUGAAGAGCAGUCCAGCACAAUCAUCUCACACAUCAAGACAUCCAGGAGCCUCCACAUCAUGUGUCACAUCCCAGUCUUCUGCUGGAUCACUGCUACAGUUCUGGAACACAUGUUGACUCCAGACCAGAGAGGAGAGCUGCCCAAGACCCUGACUGACAUGUACUCACACUUCCUGCUGGUUCAGACAAAGAGGAAGAAGAAAAAGUAUGAUGAGGGACAUGAGACGAGUCCACAGGAGCUGACGGAGGCUGACAGGAACCUUCUUCUGAAGCUGGGGAGGCUGGCGUUUGAACAACUGGAGAAAGGAAACAUCAUGUUCUACCAAGAAGACCUGGAGCAGUAUGGUCUUGAUGUCACAGAGGCCUCUGUGUUAUCAGGAGUUUGUACACAGAUCUUCAAAAGAGAGAGUGUGAUCUUCCAGAAAACAGUCUACAGCUUUGUUCAUCUGAGCGUUCAGGAGUUUCUGGCUGCUGUCUACAUGUACCACUGUUACACCAGCAGGAAGACAAAGGUACUGGAGGACUUCCUGGGAAACAAACUGAGUGACUCAUCUCUGGAUGACUUCCUGCAGGCAGCCAUGGAGAAAUCUCUCAAAAGUGAAAAUGGCCACCUGGACCUGUUUGUCCGCUUCCUUCAUGGCCUCUCUCUGGAGUCCAACCAGAGUCUCUUAGGAGGCCUGCUGGGUCAGACAGACAACAGUCCAGAAAUCAUCGAGAGAGUCAUCAACAACCUGAAGGAGAUGAACAGUAAGGAUAUCUCUCCUGACAGAAUCAUCAACAUCUUUCACUGUCUGCUGGAGAUGAACGAGCGCUCAGUACAUCAGGAGAUCCAAGAGUUCCUGAAGUCAGAGGACAGAUCAGAGAAGAAACUCUCUGAGAUCCACUGCUCAGCUCUGGUCUACAUGCUGCAGUUGUCAGAGCAGGUUCUGGAUGAGUUGGACCUGAAGAAGUACAAAACAUCAUGGGAGGGACGACGGAGACUGAUCCCAGCUGUGAGGAACUGCAGAAAGGCUCGACUAAAGGACUGUGAACUCUCAGAGACUCACUAUGAAGUUUUGGCCUCAGCUCUGAAGUCCAACCCUCAUCUGACACAUCUGGACCUGAGUGAGAACAGGCUGUUUGAUUCAGCAGUGAAGUGUCUGUCUGCUGGACUGGAGAGUCCAAACUGUAGACUGAAGACUCUGAUACUUUCUAACUGUGGACUCUCAAAGACUCACUGUGAAGUUUUGGCCUCAGCUCUGAAGUCCAACCCCUCCCAUCUGACACAUCUGGACCUGAGUAACAACAAUCUGUAUGAUCCAGGAGUGAAGCGUCUGUCUGCUGGACUGGAGAGUCCAAACUGUAGACUGGAGACUCUGAGAUUGGAGCACUGCAGUUUGUCAAAGAUCAGCUGUGAUUAUCUGGCCUCAGCUCUGAAGUCCAACUCCUCCCAUCUCAGAGAGCUGGAUCUGAGAGAAAACAACAAGCUGCAGGAUUCAGACAUGAAGCAGCUGAUUGAUCUUCAGCAGAGUCCAGACUGCAGACUGGAGACUCUGAGACUUUCUCGCUGUGGACUCUCAUACAAUGACUGUGAAUUUUUGGCCUCAGCUCUGAAGUCCAACCCUCAUCUGACACAUCUGGACCUGAGUAACAACAAUCUGUAUUGUUAUUCUGAUUUAUCAGUGGAGCUUCUGUCUACUGGACUGGAGAGUCCAGACUGUAGACUGAAGACUCUGAUAUUGAGGAACUGCAUUUUGUCAAAGACCAGCUGUGAUUAUCUGGCCUCAGCUCUGAAGUCCAACUCCUCCCAUCUGAGAGAGCUGGAUCUGGGCUUCAACGAGCUGAAGGAUUCAGGAGUGAAACAGCUGUCUGCUGGACUGGAGAGUCCAGACUGUAAACUGGAGACUCUGGGACUGAGGUGUUGCAUUUUGUCAAAGAUCAGCUGUGAUUAUCUGGCCUCAGCUCUGAAGUCCAACUCCUCCCAUCUGAGAGAGCUGGAUCUGAGAGACAACAAGCUGAAGGAUUCAGACAUGAAGCAGCUGAUUGGUCUUCAGCAGAGUCCAGACUGCAGACUGGAGACUCUGAGACUUUCAAACUGUGGACUCUCAGAGACUCACUGUGAAGUUGUGGCCUCAGCUCUGAAGUCCAACCCCCAUCUGACAGAUCUGGACCUGAGUGGAAACAUCCUGUCUGAUUCCUUAGUGGAGUGUCUGUCUGCUGGACUGGAGAGUCCAAACUGUAGACUGAAGGCUCUGAGAUUGAGGCGCUGCUUGAUCUCAAAGUCCAGCUAUGCUACUCUGGCCUCAGCUCUGAAGUCCAACCCCUCCCAUCUGAGAGAUCUGGAUCUGAGUGCAAACUACUCCCUGAAAGAUUCAGGAGUGAAGAUGCUGUCUGGUUUUCUAAAGAGUCCAGAUUGCAGACUGGAGACUGUGAGAUUGAUGGGCGGCAAGUUGUCAGAGAACAGCUGUGUUUCUCUGGCCUCAGCUCUGAAGUCCAACUCCUCCCAUCUGAGAGAGCUGGAUCUGAGAGAAAACGACCUGCAGGAUUCAGACAUGAAGCAGCUGAUUAAUCUUCAACAGAGUCCACACUGCAGACUGGAGACUCUGAGACUGAGUUUCUGCAGUUUGUCAAAGAUCAGCUGUGCUUCUCUGGCCUCAGCUCUGAAGUCCAACCCCUCCCAUCUGAGAGAUCUGGAUCUGAGCUACAACUUUGAGCUGCAGGAUUCAGGAGUGAAGCUGUUAUGUGAUUAUUUGGAGAUUUCAGACUGUAGACUGAAGACUCUGGGAUUAAGUCGUUGCGGUUUGUCAGAGAUCAGCUGUGCUUAUCUGGCACUUGCUCUGAAGUCCAACCCCUCCCAUCUGAGAAAGCUGGAUCUGAGUCGCAACGACCUACAGGAUUCAGGAGUGGAGCUGUUGCAUGACUUUCUGGAGAGUCCAGACUGUAGAUUGAAGAUGCUGCGAUUGUGGCACUGCAGUUUGUCAGAGAACAGCUGUGCUUCUCUGGCCUCAGCUCUGAAGUCCAACCCCUCCCAUCUGAGAGAGCUGGAUCUGAGUGACAACAUCCUGCAGGAUUCAGGGGUGAAGCUGCUGUGUUGUCCUCUGCAGAGUCCAGACUGUAAACUAAAGACUCUCAGAUUGAGUCGCUGCUGGCUGUCAGAGAUCAGUUGUGCUUGUCUGGCCUCAGCUCUGAAGUCCAACCCCUCCCAUCUGAGAGAGCUGCAGCUGAGUGACAACAACCUACAGGAUUCGGGAGUGAAACUUCUGUGUGUUUUCCUCGAGUGUCCACACUGUAGACUGGAGACUCUGAGAUUGAGUUUCUGCCGUUUGUCAGAGAUGGGCUGUGCUUCUCUGGUCUCAGCUCUGAAGUCCAACCCCUCCCAUCUGAGAGAGCUGGAUCUGAGUGACAACAACUUGCAGGAUUCAGGAGUGAAGCUGCUGUGUGAUCUUCUACAGAGUCCAGACUUUGGACUGGGGAUUCUGGGACUGAGUUCCUGCAGUUUGUCAGAGGUCAACUGUGCUUCUCUGGUCUCAACUCUGAAGUCCAACCCCUCCCAUCUGAGAGAGCUGGAUCUGAGUAACAACAAGCUACAGGAUUCAGGAGUGAAAGUGCUAUGGGAUUUUCUGGAGAGUCCAGAUUGCAGACUUGAGACUGUGAGGGUUGAGGAAAGACAGACACCUGACAGAGAUGAAGAAUGUCCAUCCACAUCCAACACAACCCUGGAGGUGUUUGAAGACAACGAAGAGCAGCAGCUGUAUCCUGGUGAUCCAGAGCGGUUGCAGCAGCAGCUCACAUGCAGUGAGAAUCUGACUGGGAAAAGUUACUGGCAGGACUUCACACCUGAACUGCUGACUGAGUCUGCAAACAUUUCAUACAGGUUCAAGUGUCCUGGUCCAGGUGUGUUCCACUGUACUUUGACUGGACUGAUGUUUGGUAUGGAUCAGGAGGCAGAGCUGCUGUACAGGACUGUCCAGUGGGAUGAGAGCCUCCUACAACCAGCUGUCAAGAUGGCUGCAGGGCCGCUGUUCAACAUCCAGAGUCCUGAUGGUACUGUGAAUCAACUGCACCUGCCACAUUGUGAAACCAUGGAUGCUCCACUCUCUGAAGGUGUGCUGUCUGUUGUCCACAUCACUGAUGAUGGAAUGAGCAUCCUGGAGUCGCUGGAAAUUACAGACACUCAUGUGGUUGUGAAUGUCUCUCACUUCUCCGUCUUUGGCCUGGUCUGGAAUCGUAUUAAGAGGCUUCUGAACAUCCCAAUGCCAGUCAGUGGCCAAGUUCUGCUUUUCCUCCGAGCACCAAACCCCAAAACAAAGAGACAGUAUCUUGAUGUGUUUCUCCUGCCGAGGAACAUCCCUCUGCAAGAGGUGAGUGCACAACAAAGAAAGGCUGACUACAUCAAGGCCCCUCCCAAAUGUAUAUUCAUCAAGGAUCAAAGUUACAACGUUCUCUGUCCUGAGGCCUUUAAAAUACAGCCAAAAAAAGCAGAUUUUGACCUGGAGUUUGGACCCAAUUACUAUCCAACAUUUGAGAUCCGCCUGCCUAUGAACAGAGACGAAGUGACUUUGAAGAUCCAGGACCAAGCCAGUACAGGGGUCUGGGAGCAUGAAGUGGAUCUGACUGAUUCUGCUGUAAGAAGAAGAAAUCUUGCAAGGACUCAGAGUCUCUCUUCGAGGGAGAGAUUGCUCUCAGUUCGGACAAAAUUUGUUAAAGGAGUGUCUGAUCCUACUCUAAAUGGGCUGCUAGAUGAGCUUUUGCAACGAAGGAUUAUCACACAAGAAGAAAUGGAGUCAGCCAAAACAAAUUCCAAGGCUGACAAGGCUCGAGCUGUGAUUGACAUGGUGAGAAACAAAGGAAUAAAAGCCAGCUCAUGUCUGAUUUCUGACUUGCGCAAGUUGGAUCCACACUUGUCCAAAACCCUGAAACUGAGCUGA